CGGCAAGAUGGCAGCGGACACGCAGGUUUCAGACACGCUGAAAAAAUUUGCUGCAAAAGUGACCACAGCCAGUGUGAAAGAGCGCAAGGAGAUAUUUGGAGAGCUGAAACAGUGUAUACAAGGCAAAGAGUUACCAGAGCCUGCCAUCAAGGGACUAUGCAAGCUCUUCUGUCUCACGCCACACAGAUACCGGGAUGCUGCAUCACGCAGAGAGCAGCUCUCCAUCAUUGGCCAGCUGGCUGACAGUCAGCCCGACAUCCUGGUCACCAGCCUCCUCCACUGCCUGCUCAACAGUGGAGUCAUCAGCAAAAGUGGAGAGCCCAGUAAAAGCUCCGGCUCUGCUGCCUUCAUCGGCCUGUCUUGGACAAUCCUUUUAGUCCCCACUGUGUUUCCUGCCCCAGAGAAAAGAGAGGGACCCAUCUGGAAGAAAAUGGUGGAAGUUCAGAGCCUUCUUGUAGCCGAGGUCGUGGGUGGAGCCAAGACCAUCGCUCAGAAAUCAAGUCUGAAACAUCUCACUCAGCUCUGGAAGAAAAACCCUGGACUGGUUGAUCAGUACAUCAGCACACUGCUGAGUCUGGACCAAAGCCCUACAACUCUGGCCAUGCUGGGGGUGUGUGUAGACUUCUGCACUGCUCAAAAAGACAAAGCCACAAUAGAGAAGCAUAAGAGUGCCCUGAUGGACCUGUAUGUUAAAUCAGUCCUUAUGAGCAAGAUAAAACCACAACAGCACAUUUUGGAGAAAUGCGGUUCCUUUCUGCGUCAUGUGUCCCACUCUGAGUUCAAGGAGCAGCUACUGCCGAUCCUGCAGAAGACAAUGCUGCGUAGUCCAGAGAACACCAUUGCGACCAUUUCCUGCCUGCUGUCCAGUGUGACUCUUGACCUCAGUCAGUAUGCCAUGGAUAUCGGGAAGGCAAUAGCAAGUCAGCUUAAAGCCAAUAACGCCCAGCUGAUGGAGGAGGCGAUCCAGGCCAUGCACAACCUGGCUAAGCAGUGCAGUGACUCCACGGCAGUGCAGGAGAUUGUCACACACCUCUUCAAGAUCCUCGGAGGGUCUGAGGGAAAGCUCACAGUUGUUGCCCAGAAGAUGAGUGUGUUGUCAGGGAUUGCCAGCUGCAGCCAUCAUGCUGUGUCAGGAACCUCCAGCCAGACGUUGAGCGCUGCAGUCGCUGUGAUGUUCAUCCCUUAUUUACAGCAAGAAGUUCAUGAGGGCACCUUGGUGCAUGCCGUGUCCGUGCUCUCCCAGUGGAGUUGUCGCCUUACAGUAGAAGUACCAUCUGCUCUCUUGGAUUGGAUGAAGAAAGCUUUUACCCUCAAGACCUCCACCUCACUGGUUCGACACACCUACCUUCAGGCCAUGUUGGGGGUCUUUAAAGGUGACACUCUGGCACAGGCCGCAGACCUCUUACCUUUGCUCCUCCAAACGGUGGACAAGGCAGUGGCCCAAAACUCCCAGCAUGCUUUGCUUGCAGAGGGUGUGGCAGCUUCUGUUCUUUUGAGUCGACUGGCUCUGCUGGAGUCACAGACAGAAGCUAAAUUCACCAGCUUCUGGAACGUGAUCUUAGAUGAGAAGAAGCCACUAUUCACCACAGAGAAGUUCCUCUCCCAGGCCAGUGACGAAACUUUACUCACAGUACUGCUGCUCUGUGAAAGGCUCUUCUUUGACCACGCCCAAAAACUCAACAGCAGUAACUCAAAGAUGUAUCAUCACACCACUGUUGCAAUUUUGCUGUCACUGAGCUGGCGUGUAAGGAAGAGGGCACAACAGACGGUCAAGAAGCUGCUCUCCUCUUUGGGGGGAUCCAGUUUUGCCCACGGCCUUCUGGGAGAACUCUGUGUGGUCAUCAACAAGCACAAAGUUUUAACCCAAGACGUCCUGGUGUCAGACUCAGGAGAGCUGACUGAGUUGGGUCGCAGCUACAUCCCCCCUCGUGUUCUGCUGGAAGCUUUGUAUGUUGUUUGCUCUGCUACCAGCCAAUGGGGGGACCCUACCGAAGCAGAGAAUUUGGCCAUGGAGAUCAUGAUAGUCUCUCACCAUCCAUCCAUAAUUGAAGCUCGUCGAGGCCUCUGGCCUGCUCUGCUCUCCUCCAUGAAAAUUAAAGCAGAGGAAUUUAUAGAACAGAAUUUGGAGAAGAUCCUGCCUCGUCUACUAGAUGUCAAUGCUGACAACCAGGCAACAAAAAAUGCGGUCGGGGCUCUCUCCAGCCUCUCCCCGGACCAUCUGUUACCGCGAGUGAUGAGUCAUAUCACAGAGGGACUUUCCCGACCUGCUCUACUUCACGUCACCAGAGAGGAGUACGCCAUCAUGCUCACACCAGAGGGAGAACUGUAUGACACCAGCAUCAUCCAGAGCGCCCAGAUGGAAAGCACCAAGAAAACAAAUGUAAAGCGAGAGAACAAGGCCUACUCUUACAAGGAUCAGAUCUUUGAAAUUGAGUUUCAGGAGGAGCAAAGGAAGAAAAAGGGCAUCAAAGAGGAGGUGCAGCUUAGCAGCAAACAGAAGGAAAUGAUGCAAAUCCAGCUCGACAGGGAGAGCUCUAUUCGCAAGAGACUUGAAGGGAUGGAUGUGGAGCUGCAGAGUGUGAUGGGUCUGCUUGAAGCUGCUUUGAUAGAGAGACCAGCACAGAUUACCAAAGAGCUCCCAGCUGUCCUCCAGGUCCUACUGCCCCUGCUACAGUCCCCUUUGGCUGCUCCACACGUCGAGUCUCCCUUUUUGGAUAUCGGAGUGUGCCUUAUGCCCAAGCACCUUCACCAUAUAGCCGUGCUUGUAGGUCACGUGACUUUACGGCUGCUGAAGCCAGAGUGUGAUCUGGACUCGGCCUGGGAGCAGGAGGCCCUGGACACAGCAGCCAACCGUUCUGUUGUACUGCUGCACAACCAGACUGUCCUGCAGAGGGAAAGCAAGAGUGACGUGGCUCCCCUGUCUGCACCAGCGUUCUCCUUCUGCUUCCCUCUCCUCAAUGCCAUGCUCAGGGAGUCCUCAGGCAGCACCGAGGAGACAGAGAACAUGAUGACCAAAGCCCUGCAAGUCCUCAACGAACACUGCGAGCUUCGGGCAGAGACAAACAUUGAUGCCAUUGUCAUAGAUGAGAAAGGGCCUGAGCUGCUUCCACGUGUCAGCAUGUUGGAGCUGCUCAUCAGAAUCAUUUCCACAGCCGCCCCGAGACUCCAGGUGUUAGCGUCUCAGUCCCUGACCGCUCUGUGUGCCAGUGCUGGAGGAGAAGAAGGCUGCACUGUGGCAGAGCAGCAAGAGAUAGAUGUGCUGCUCAGCGCCCUGCUGUCACCGUGCUUCUCUGUCCGAGACUCCGCCCUCAGGGGAUUGUUGGAGAUGGAGUUUGCCCUGCCCACUGACAGCACGGAGGCCGAUGGGCUCUGUUUGCUGCGCAGACUUUGGGUUGCCAAGUUUGACGUUGAGGAGGAGGGCCGAGCUUUGGCGGAAAAACUCUUGGAGUCUCUGGCCCUGGAGCUGGUCCCUGAGCUCUGCUGCCUGCUGAUUGGAGAUGUCACCCACCACGAGGAAGCUGUUCGUUCUGCCGCGGCCGAUGCUCUGUCAAGUGCUGUGUCUGAGUACAAAGACCAGUCUGCUACUGUGCUCGGCCAACUGACUGAGCUCUAUCAAAAGAAACUCUAUCGACCUCCUCCAGUGCUGGAUGCCCUUGGCAGAGUCAUCUCUGAAUCUCCACCCGACCAAUGGGAGGCCAGGUGUGGCAUCGCUGUGUCUCUGAACAAGCUGUCCCAGUACCUGGGUGAAUCCCAGGUCACCCCUCUCUUCCUUUUCUUUGUUCCUGACGCGCUGAACGACCGCCACCCUGAUGUGCGGCGCUGCAUGCUGGACGCUGCCCUCGCUGCACUCAACACGCAUGGAAAGGACAACGUGAGCUGCUUGCUGCCAGUGUUUGAGGAGUUCCUGAAGAACGCCCCCCAGGACGCCAGCUAUGACUCUGUCCGUCAGAGUGUAGUUAUUCUCAUGGGCUCUUUAGCCAAACAUCUGGACAAGAGUGAUCCCAAAGUAAAACCCAUUGUGGCAAAGCUCAUCACUGCACUCUCUACACCAUCACAGCAGGUCCAAGAGUCUGUGGCAGGCUGUCUACCUCCUUUAGUCCCUGCCAUUAAAGAGGACGCUGCAGGCAUUGUAAGAAACCUGCUGCAGCUGCUGCUGGAGAGCGACAAGUACGCAGAAAGAAAGGGAGCAGCGUACGGACUGGCCGGCCUGGUCAAAGGUCUCGGGAUCCUGGCACUCAAGCAGCAGGACAUCAUGUCCACGCUGACUGACGCCAUCCAAGACAAGAAAAACUUAAGGCGGAGAGAAGGAUCACUGUUUGCCUUUGAGAUGCUAUGUAACAUGUUGGGGAAGCUGUUUGAGCCAUAUGUGGUCCACGUCCUGCCACACCUACUGCUCUGCUUUGGCGAUGGAAACCAGUAUGUCAGAGAGGCUGCAGAUGACUGUGCCAAGGCUGUGAUGAGGAACCUUAGUGCCCACGGCGUGAAACUGGUCCUUCCCUCCUUGUUGGUGGCCCUGGAGGAAGAGUCUUGGAGAACUAAAGCAGGCUCGGUGGAGUUGCUGGGUGCCAUGGCUUACUGUGCUCCCAAGCAGUUGUCCUCUUGCCUGCCCAGCAUCGUUCCCAAGCUGACCGAGGUGCUGACCGACUCCCACGUGAAGGUGCAGAAGGCCGGCCAGCAGGCCCUCAGACAGAUCGGAGCUGUCAUCCGUAACCCCGAAAUCCUGGCCAUAACCCCCGUCCUGCUGGACGCCCUAACGGAUCCAUCCAAAAAGACACAGACAUGCCUGCAGACACUGCUGGACACCAAGUUCGUUCACUUCAUCGACGCUGCCUCACUCGCCCUCAUCAUGCCCAUCGUCCAGAGAGCCUUCCAGGAUCGCUCCACCGACACACGCAAGAUGGCCGCUCAGAUCAUUGGCAACAUGUACUCCCUCACUGACCAGAAGGAUCUCUCACCCUACCUGCCGAGUGUCAUCCCUGGACUGAAGGCUUCUCUGUUGGACCCAGUGCCUGACGUUCGUACCGUCUCAGCCAAGGCCUUGGGUGCGAUGGUAAAGGGGAUGGGUGAGACCUGCUUUGAUGACCUGCUGCCGUGGCUCAUGGAAACCCUGGCCUCUGAACAGAGCUCUGUAGAUCGCUCCGGAGCUGCACAAGGUCUGGCUGAGGUGAUGGCUGGACUAGGAGUGGAGAAGCUGGACAAGCUGAUGCCAGAUGUGGUGGCGACAGCCAGCAAGGUCGACAUCGCUUCCCACGUCAGAGACGGCUACAUCAUGUUGUUUAUCUACCUGCCCCUGACCUUUGGAGAGAGGUUCACUCCUUACGUUGGGCCCAUCAUCCCUUGCGUUCUCAAGGCCCUGGCUGAUGAGAACGAAUAUGUGAGAGACACAGCACUGCGAGCGGGCCAGCGAGUCGUCAGCAUGUACGCCGAGACCGCCAUCCAACUGCUGCUUCCUGAGCUGGAACAGGGCCUGUUUGAUGACCUGUGGAGAAUCAGGUUCAGCUCUGUGCAGCUGCUGGGAGAUCUGCUGUUCCAUAUCUCUGGAGUAACAGGAAAGAUGACCACAGAGACGGCCUCCGAGGAUGACAACUUCGGGACAGCAGCAUCAAAUAAAGCCAUCAUUGGUGCUCUUGGCGGUGAGCGGCGUAACCGCGUCCUCUCUGGUCUCUAUAUGGGUCGUGUGGACACCCAGCUUGUGGUUCGACAGGCUUCCCUCCACGUGUGGAAGAUCGUGGUGUCCAACACCCCCAGAACUCUUCGGGAGAUCCUCCCAACCCUCUUCUCUCUCCUGCUUGGUUUCCUUGCCUCCACCUGCUCCGACAAGAGAACGAUUGCUGCUCGGACAUUGGGUGACCUGGUGAGGAAGCUGGGAGAGAAGAUUCUCCCUGAGAUCAUUCCCAUCCUAGAGGAGGGGCUGCGCUCAGACAAGAGCGAUGAGAGGCAGGGCGUCUGCAUCGGCCUCAGUGAGAUCAUGAAGUCCACCAGCAGAGAUGCGGUACUUGUCUUCUCUGAAUCACUGGUCCCAACAGUCAGGAAAGCUUUAUGUGACCCUCUGGAGGAGGUCCGAGAGGCUGCAGCCAAAACCUUCGAGCAGCUCCAUGCAACCAUUGGUCACCAGGCGCUGGAUGACAUCCUGCCUAGCCUGCUCAGACAGCUGGAUGAUGAGGAGACGGCUGGCUUCGCUCUGGAUGGUCUUAAGCAGGUCAUGGCAGUGAAGAGUCGCUCUGUUCUGCCUUACUUGGUUCCAAAGCUCACUGCUCCUCCUGUGAACACCCGUGUGCUGGCCUUCCUGUCCGCUGUGGCUGGCGAUGCUCUGACACGCCACUUGGGCGUCAUUCUGCCUGCUCUGCUCUCCUCCCUCAAAGGGAAGCUGGGAACAGAGGAUGAAGCACAGGAGCUGUGCAAUUGCCAAACAGUGAUCCUCUCAGUGGAAGACGAUGUGGGCCAGCGCAUCAUCAUAGAUGACCUGCUGGAGGCCACACGAGGUGCUGACCCCGGCCACAGACAGGCUGCCGUCACCAUCCUCAAUGCCUACUUUGCUCGUACCCGCCUGGACUACAGUUCCCACACCCGCACUUUACUGUCCGGCCUCAUCCGCCUUCUCAAUGACACCAACCCAGAGGUCCUGACUCAGAGCUGGGACACCAUCAACUCCAUCACCAAGAAACUGGACGCGAGCAGCCAGCUGGCUCUAAUUGAUGACCUGCAUCGAGACAUUAGAUCAGUAGCUGCAGAUGUGAGGGGUCAGCACCUGCCUGGUUUCUGUCUGCCCAAGAAGGGCGUGACCUGUAUCCUGCCUGUCCUCAGAGAAGGUGUCCUCACCGGCAGCCCUGAGCAGAAAGAAGAGGCAGCUAAAGCAUUGGGAGGGAUCAUCAAACUGACGUCUCCUGAGGCACUGAGGCCCUCUGUUGUCAACAUAACUGGACCGCUCAUUCGUAUCUUGGGAGACCGGUUUGCCUCGACAGUGAAGACCGCUCUUCUGGAGACUCUCACCCUGCUGCUGGCAAAGGUGGGCAUCGCCCUGAAGCCCUUCCUCCCUCAGCUGCAGACCACCUUCCUGAAGGCCCUGCUGGACUCAAGCCGUGCUGUGAGGCUGAGGGCUGCCGAGGCUCUGGGCCAGCUGGUUUCCAUCCACGCCAAGGUGGACCCACUCUUCACCGAGCAGCUGUCUGCCAUCCGUAACGCAGAGGACCCUGGGGUCAGGGAGACUAUGCUCCAAGCCUUGAGGUUUGUCAUCCAGGGGGCCGGGUCAAAGGUGGACCCAACCAUCCGCAAGAACAUUACCACCACAUUGCUAGGCAUGCUGGGACAUGAUGAGGAUGCAACUCGAAUGGCGUCAGCAGGCUGUGUUGGUGAACUGUGUGCUUUCCUGUCAGAGGAGGAGCUGCGGAGUGUGUUACUUCAGCACAUCUUAGCGGACUUGUCUGGUGUGGACUGGAUGGUGCGUCAUGGUCGGAGCAUGGCUCUGGCCAUAGCUGUCAAGGCUGCUCCUGAGAAGCUGUGUGGGACGGAAUACUUUGACACUGUAUCUGAAACCAUUUUGAGCAACGCCACCGCUGACAGGAUCCCCAUUGCCACCAGUGGAAUCAGAGCGAUGGGAUAUCUGAUGAGGCAUCAUCUCAGGACAGAGGGAGGCAGUAAUAUUUCCCAACGCAUCAUCACACAGUUAGUCAAGUGUCUUCAGAAUCAGUCCAGUGACAUCCGACUGGUGUCAGAGCGGGUGCUGUGGUGGGUGUUCAAAGACCCGGCUACGCCCUCAGUGGAGGCCAGUCUCAUCAAGCCUGUGCUGAAGAGUCUGCUGGACAACACCAAGGACAAGAACACCAGUGUCAGAGCCCAGAGCGAACACACCAUUGUCAACCUGCUACGACUUCGCCAGGGAGAGGAAACCAUGCAGAGUAUUACUGCCAUUCUGGACUCUGCAAGUAACGACCUACUGGCUGACUGUCAUCGCCGGUCUUUGAAGAAAAUCGCCAGCAUGCUAGACUCUAACGAAGAGAUAGAUGACACCAUCCUAACAUGAAGGACUUAACCAUGAAAUGAAAUCUGGAGAAAUCAACAGAAGCUUGAAUGACAUGUAAAACAAGUCUCUACUGUUUAAGAGCCCCAGACACACUCACCACACGUGCCCAUGUUUUGCCUUUCAUGGGCUAAAGGCUGAGAUGGGUCGCUUUUUGACUGGCUUCCCCCAACAAAUGUCUUUUUUUUUCUUCCUCACAUCAUUUUUUUAGUGGCAUUUAAGCCCGAUUUAAAACUUUGUUCUUUUAUCUCACACUGUGCAGGAUACUCCCCUGUAAUUAAUUAAAUUAGGAAGACACAAGGCCAAAUUCUUUAUUUGAUGUUUGUAUUAUGCUACUUAUUUUACCAAAAAUCAUGUCAAGCUGUCAAGACAGUAAUGUAAUGAAGUGACACCCCUAUCUUUAGCUUUUAUUUGGAUUUUGUGGGAGAGUUGUUCAGGGUCAAAAGCAGUCUCUUGUUAGAGUACAAAAAAAACAUGCUUACGUCAGUGAUACGGUUGUAAAAAGGCAAUACAAAAUAAAGAGAUCUUGAUUUCA